AUGUCGGGGCAGCAGACACCAGACCACGACAUGACUGCAAGCUCGGUUGACGUCGACACAGAAGUAUUCGAAGCCAUCGCCUCUACUCUACGCACCAAGUGUCCAUGGAUGAAAAGCGCACUCAUUGAUGAGAUUGCCAAAGAAUCCACGAGCAAAGUCUGCGACAAGCUCACAACCAGAACCACAGCGGAUCGCGAAGACGGGCCCAAGACCUUCCUAGGACUCCCAGCUGAGAUCAGGAACAUCAUCUACGAGAUGGCACUCAAAGUCGAUGAUGGAAGGACUGGUCACUUCCAGAUUCGAGACCACAAUGUGGUCCAUGGAGCGACUGCGGGCGGACAUGAACAGCGACGAGCGACUGAGCGACCAGCAUUGCUUGCUGUCAAUCGCCAGCUUCGACGCGAAGCGAUGCCCGUCUUCUACGCCAUCAACUCAUUUGCCGCAACAGUCGACGGCUUUGAUAGUGAGGAGAUGGAGCGCCUGAACAUCCGCUCAUGGUUACGAGCAAUUGGUACUCGACAGGCAGCCAUGAUCAAGACUUUCAGAGUCCUGUUCUAUAAUCACGACCACUACCUCGCCAGAUGUCAUACGCAAUCUUGGUUCAGGGCCAGCGGUCGACCUAUGACACGGAUCAGUCUUUGCGCUAGCGAUAUCAUCGAAGUUUUGGGACUUGAAGAGUUGGGUGUUGCACCAAAGGGCAUUGAGGUCAAGUACGAUGACGAUACUGAUGGCAAGACAUGGCACAAGAUGCCGUGA